AACAAUAGAAACAUUAUUUUCAACAUUGACUAAACAAAACAAAGAAAAUUUGGAGUGAGCUCUACGUUUCAACAACUUGAAGACAAAUAAAAAUUGCAGUCAGUCAUGUGUCCCUUCUGUACACUGAAAACCUGCCUAUGCUUGUAUCAUCAAGUAAUUCAAUACCAACUAUAACCAAAGCAAUUUUGAACUUCAUAGCCUGUAUCAAUGGCCAUUCUUCCUACUAUGCUUGUUAUUUCCAUGCUUCUAUUGUUCCUCUCUCCAUUUUCCUCUGCAAAAGAUACCAUUACAAACCUUGAGUCACUUCCUGAUGAUGACACCACCUUGGUUUCUAAAGAUGGAACCUUUGAGUUGGGUUUCUUCAACCCCGGUAGUUCCUCGAAUCGCUAUGUAGGAAUCUGGUACAAAAUCAUCUCAGUUAGGACAGUUGUUUGGGUUGCCAACCGUGACAAUCCAAUCAAAGGCAACUCCAGCCAGCUGAUCAUAAACCAAGAUGGAAACCUUGUGCUUAUCAACAAAAACAACUCAAUUCUCUGGUCAACAAAUGCAACCACUAAGGCGGCGAGUCCAGUUGCGCAGCUCUUAGACACUGGAAACUUAGUAAUUAGAGAAGAGAACAACAACAAUGAAGAAUUUUUUUCGUGGCAGAGCUUUGAUCAUCCUUGUGAUACAGUGUUACCAGGAAUGAAGAUUGGAUGGGACAGAAAAACUGGUCUUAACAAGCGUCUCGUCGCCUGGAAAAACUGGGAUGAUCCAUCUUCAGGAGACUUGAGUUCAGAUAUGGUGAUCACAACCAAUCCUGAAAGCUUAAUUUGGAAAGGCUCAGUUAAGUACUACAGAACAGGACCAUGGACUGGUCCUCGUUCAAGUAGUGUUGUUGGAUUGAUGGCUAAUCCACUCUAUGAUUACAAAUUUGUCAACAAUGAAGAAGGGGUGUAUUACAUGUUCACUCUCAAGAAUAGUUCUGUGAUUUCCAUACUUGUUUUGAAUCAAACCCGUUCUCUUCGCCAACGCCUCAUAUGGAUUCCUCAGUCCAAAACUUGGACUGUUUACCAAUCCUUGCCACAAGAUGAUUGCGAUUCUUAUGACGUUUGUGGCGCGAAUGGAAAUUGCAUCAUUGAUAGAUCCCCAAGGUGUCAGUGUUUAGAUGGAUUCGAGCCGAAAUUGCCGCAGCAAUGGAAUGCAAUGGAUUGGACAGAAGGGUGUGUGAGGAGUGAGAAGUGGAGGUGUGGGGUGAAAAACAGAGAUGGGUUUAGUCUAUUUAGUAGCAUGAAGUUGCCUGAUACUACAAAUUCUUGGAUUAAUGAGAAUAUGACAUUGAAGGAUUGCGCCGCCAAAUGCUUGGAAAAUUGUUCUUGCACUGCUUAUGCAAACUUGGAUCCAAGUGGAGGGGGUAGUGGUUGUUCUAUCUGGUUUGGUGAUCUUGUUGAUUUGAGGGUUUCACCAAGUGGACAAGAUCUGUAUGUUCGCACAGACACCUCAGAUACAGAUGCAAAAGAUGGGGGUAGGAAAAAGGUAGUCUUGACAGUAACAAUCACAGUUUCAGUUGUUCUGGUGAUGAUGUUAUUGGGAUUCUCCUACAUUUGCAUUACAAAGACCAAGAAUAAAGAAGAAGUAAACAAAACCAUGUUGGUGAAAGAGAUAGAUGAAGGUGGUGAUGAUGACUUGGAGCUUCCUUUCUUUGAUGUCCCUACUAUACUCAAUGCAACCAAUAACUUCUCAAUCAACAAUAAACUUGGUGAAGGUGGUUUUGGACCAGUUUACAAGGGUACAUUACUAAACGGACAAGAGAUUGCAAUUAAAAGGCUUUCAAGAAGUUCAGGGCAAGGAUUGAUAGAAUUUAAGAAUGAAGUUAUAUUGUGUGCCAAACUUCAACAUCGAAAUCUUGUCAAAGUUAUUGGUUGUUGCAUUGAAGGAGAGGAAAAAAUGCUGGUGUAUGAAUACAUGUCCAACAAAAGCCUGGAUUCAUUUAUUUUUGAUUCGGUUCAAAGUAAAUUGUUAGAUUGGUGUAUGCGCUUUAACAUCUUGUAUGGAAUUGCUCGAGGGCUUCUUUAUCUUCAUGAAGAUUCUAGAUUAAGGAUCAUACAUAGAGAUCUUAAAGCAAGUAAUAUUUUAUUAGACAAUUAUAUGAAUCCAAAAAUUUCGGAUUUUGGCAUGGCUAGAAUAUGUGGAGGUGAUCAAAUUGAAGGCACAACAAAUAGAAUAGUUGGGACAUACGGUUAUAUGGCACCUGAAUAUGCAAUUGAUGGAUUAUUCUCUAUAAAGUCGGAUGUAUUUAGCUUUGGCGUAUUAUUGCUAGAAAUUGUAAGUGGAAGGAAGAAUAGAGCACUUACCUACCAUGACCAUGAUCACAAUCUUAUUGAACAUGCAUGGAGAUUGUGGAAAGAGGGCAAUGCACACGAAUUGAUAGAUGAUUGCAUGAGUGACUCAUGUAUUAAAUCUGAAGUUUUACGCUGCAUUCAAAUUGCUCUUUUAUGUCUACAACAUCAUCCUGAUGAUAGGCCAAACAUGACUUCAGUGGUCGUGAUGUUGAGCAGUGAAAAUAGUUUACCUGAACCAAAGGAACCUGGUUUCUUAAUUAAGAAGGUGUCGAUUGAAGGAGAACAUUCUUCUGGAAAACAGACAUCUUCUUCAAUGAAUGAAAUAACUAUAUCUAUACAUGCUAGAUAGAGGAAUUAACUUAUCUUUUUUUUCUUUAUAUUAUACUAGUACUUUUUACCCGUGCGAUGCACGAGGGAUAUUAAUUUUUGAGUUUUGUGUA